CCCAUUCAUGCGCUAUUAUUGUCUCCGUGUUCGACGUGUUCUGCUUCACAAAGGCAACUUGUCAGACCAAGUUGCUUCACGCAAGUAAACAUUUUAAGCAAAUUAUACAAUUUAUCGUUACUAAAAAAUGAGCCACCUGUCACCCGCAACUGCCGAAACCACCUACAGUAGUGAGUACAAGACUGGAACGUUUCUGCCACCCAUAAAACACCACCAGUUGCUGUCACUGACUCUGAAAAACAUACCGAAACUGAAACCACGCAAGUUUCCGAUAGAGCCUGUCGGACCACAUCGUCUAUUGGAAAAAGAAAUUGGCUGUUCGCCGGGACUUGGGUUAGGCAAUCACACCAAUUUGCCCACGAUAAAGUACCUGGAUCCUAAGCCGAUAGUACGCACACUGCCACCACAAGAACUGAUCAACGAAAUACCGCCAAAAGUACCAAACAAGUACCCCGACUUGAGCCUUGAAAACUUAACUGAGAAACCAGCGAAAGAAGUUAUUGGCGCAUUGAGUCAUAAUUUCGAAUGGACGACGGCGGCACAGUUAUUAAUGAAGGACGUUACCAUGGAGGCAACUAAGAUUCCACCAUCCAAAACAACAGUAGAGUGUAAUGCUGACGUUAUCAAAUAUCGACCAAUGAGAUAUGAACCUGCAUCUGAAUCGUGGCAAAGAGUGGCACCUGUCUGGGACAAAAUUCAGUUAAGACAUGGAACCAUGGGUCAAGAAAUUCUAAGCAGAAAACCUGACAAAAUGACCUCGCACGUGACUAAGAUCAUAGACGUUAACCAUGGAAUCAUAAAUUUGGUGAAAGAUGGGAAUUUGUCAUCUUACUAUGUUCGUCCAUGCCCGAGAUAUGCAGGAUUUCUACCACGUUCGCCCGUGGAGGCGACAAUAGAGCAAAACAAAGUAGAUCUAAGGACCAGCAGUUCUCAGCGUCUAAGUUAUUGCGCACUGCCUCGAGAAGCCUAUAUGACAGAGAAGAAAUUUGCACACAAAGGACCAUUGUCUCGUACAGUCACGCUCACGUGUCCAUUCAAUCCGUUCAACAAAGUGGAAGGAAGGAAAUCAUACCAUAACGAAAUUGAAAGAACCUGGUGAUGAGAAAUUCAUUUAUAAUAGACACAAACAAUUUAAACAAAAUAUUGUGAAUGUAAUGGUUAUGUUCAUAUAGUUUAUGGAAUUAAAAGACAUGUUUCAGAUAUAAUAU